AGUCUAUAUUUGGUGAGCCCAAACAAGAUUUUGUCCAAUCAUAAGAACGAUCAAGAAAUCCAUUUUGAUGAGCAGAAUGCCACAGCCCCAGCCCAACCAAGGAUCUCGUCGGGUCCUGCCUCCCAUAUCGCCCAGCCCUGAUGUAUACCAGCAGUUCCUGAGGGAGCUUGAAGAACAGAUCAAUGUGGAGUUAGCCAGUGUCGAAUGUGCAGAGGAGGGGCAUGCAGAUCCUCAUCGUUAUGCCAUCUACAAAGGGGCCUUUGACCAGAUCAUUGACAAUGUCUCUGCCUACAAGCCUCUUCUGAGUGCCAUCAAAGCCGAGUAUGAAGAUUGCAUUGACACCAUAGAGAAAGGUCAAGAGGAAGCGUUUUACCUAUCGGGAAAGGUCAAGGCCCUUGCCUCUGAGCAAACAACACUCAGCCUUUAUCAGAAGAGAGCUGAUGAGCUUGAACAAAAACUUGUUCUUGUGAGAGCUGAUAAUGAGAAGUUCAAAGCCGAACUGGAAAAGAUUGCAGAGAUCUACCAAGAGAGGGAAGAGGUGAAGAGAAAAGCAGAGGAGGAGAUAGAGGAACAGAAGAAGAAAAUGCCCACCAUGCCAGACACGAUGUUGAAAGGAAUGGACUUGGAUGAAUGCACCGAUGUGGAGAGACUGGAGAGUGAGAUUUCGAGACUCAAAGUCGUACUGGCAACAUUGAAGCAGACCAAGAUAACUAAGUACUCAACCAAAGAGAGAAAGAAUGAACUCAAGACUCAACUGGAGAAUAAGACCAAAGCCAGGGAUCAUGUUCAGGAACAGAAUCAACAGCUUAAGGAGAGGUGUCUGAAGGUACGCAUAGCUCUGGAUGCGCUGGCAUCAUACUACAAGGAGAAGCGUUUUAUCUUUGGACCAGCUGAGGCUGUAUCUUUUGGUCUGACAAGGUCAGGCUCCAUGAUGAGUGUCAGAAGUCAAGAGACCGUAUCCACCUUUGAGGACGAUGACCCCACCAAGGAAAGAGAAGCCGAGUUGCUGCUGGAAUACAUUGAGCAGUUCAAUGAGAUGUUUGAAGAGGGUCGCUAUGGGGAGGCCGCAAUGCAUGCAGCCAACAGUCCUAAAGGAAUUCUAAGAAACCCAGAGACAUUGCACAGGUUUAAAAGUGUGCGAGUAAAGCGUGGUCAGAAGUCACCUCUGCUGAUAUAUGCAGAAUCCCUCAUGUCAUCAGUGCCUGCCAUAGGUUUCCCUCCCAAUGCCGACGCUACUCUUGAAUGUGUGAAGAGCGCCCUCAGUGGGGACCGACUGGACAUUGUCACACACUGGAUUGCAAAUAAUUGGCUGACCUACUCAGAGCCCCUAGGUCAUCUCCUCUAUAACUACGCCCAGGGUAGAGGUCAGCAGGUCAGAGGUCAAGAUGUGGUCAGUCAGUGCCUCCCUCUAGCCCAGGCUGUCUAUACCAAGGUCAGAGCUCACCUCCAGGCUGCUGUGUGUAUGUCCAAACAAGGCAGGGUUCACGCCAUGCUGGAGUAUGCACAGUCUGUCAACUUCAGUCGAGAUGCCUACUUGGGAGUCCUAGUAGCUUGUCCAUCUCUAGCCCUGGCCGAGGUCCUGGUCCAACCCAGUGGUCACUCCACCAGACCAGUGCUGUCUGUGGGGUCGGUGGUCAGUACUUUACUCAAGACCCAGGACCAUCAUCAAAUAGGAGUUGAGCUUAUUGACAAUAUCCACCAUAGUAUUAGCUCAGGCUCAAGCAAGUUACGCUUGAAGGACCUGGUCUUCCAUGAUCCCGACACCAAGAUCAGUUCCUGGCAGAAGAUCAUCAGAGCUUGCAACGACAGCGGAUCCUAUGACGUGGGACUAGAGCUGCUUGCGGCUGUGACAGUCCUGGAGGCUAUCAAGAAGGCCGCGGACAGUGUCUGAAACUUCUUUUGAUAAUGGAUUUUACAGACAGCAAGUAUAUCGGUCAGGCAAGAUUAGUGAUAUAUGGGGCUCCAAUCUAACACUUUGGUUGCUUUAUUUGCUUCUCUGCUUGGUUGCUCGGUUUGCCACAAGUGUAAUUUUGCACAAAAUAGGCACCAAUUGAUGGAAGGAGUGCUUUGUGUAACACAAUAGCUUUGCAUAAGUACCCACUUAUGGUCAUAACUACGUCCAUGACAAUCGUUUUAACACUGAUAUAUAUAUUAAUAUUGCACUAGAAACAGUUAAAUAACCUUGAAACCUUGGUAUAUCUAUAUAAUGAUAAAUACAAUGUGGCACAGGAAAGGUCUUUGUGUGGCAUAUAAAGAGUUAAUCAAAAAUCUGUCGUUAUCCAGUUAUGAUCUUGGUAUGCAUAAAUUUUGAUAGGUGGAGGGAAGUACAGCAAAGGCUAAUAUUCCUACUGUAUUAUGGAUAAAGUAGUUAUGAUUGAACUUAUUGGAGAUCUCUAAAGAGUUCCUCCUGUUCUUGUGUGUUUCCAGACUAGAAAGAAUUCUUUUUUCUCUCUUGUGUGCAUGAUUUAUUUCAUUUUUCUGCCUUAAAGACAUUACACAAAGCCGUCCAUAUUUGACAUCCAAAACCUUGUUAAUACAUGUACUUCUCCAAUACAAUGUUCUCUGUAUUCAACUUUUUUUAUUAUUGUAAAUAAUGUAUAUACAUGUAUAUGUGUAUUUUGAAGUAUUGUUACUUUAUAAAGUAUUUAUUACAUAGAUACUGAUUCUUUGAUGUAACUGUGAUAUUGGUUUUAUAAUAAAUGACAGUCAUCUAUUUCAUUACUACUCUU